UCCUGGUUGUCGUUCGCCACAACUUGGAAAUGUUAUGAAGGGGGUCACAGUGCUAAAAAAUGUGAGGACCACUGAUUUAGUUCCUAGUGGAUGGAUCUAACGACCCAACAAAUCGUAGCUGCUGUCACUCAGCACACUUUCUACUAUUUGAAAAAAGUAACAUCCGUAAAUACUGAUGUUCUAGCGUCGGGUCGCGGCUAUUGAAUAUAUCAUAUAAUAUAUCUACUAAAAUAAUAGUUCAGGCAGUACAGGACAGGUAGAAUGAGUAACGAAGCAGUCCUCAGAGAGUACAUGAACACACGUACACAGUAAGUUAGUUUUUAGCAUAAAAUAAAUUGGUUAAUUGCCUAAAAAAUAAAUAAGUAAAGUGAAUAAUAAUAAAUGAUAAUAAUAAGUUUUUCUCCUACGCCUACACACUACACUGUCAAUGACAAUGUCUAUGAUCUGACUGUAUACCACUGCACUGUAAUAUUAAUAUUAAUAUGUAUUGCUAGUAGUUCACUAAGUUUACAAAGUAAGUUUAGGAAGGUACAUGUACAGUACACUUCAGUACAGUAGAGAUUUAUUAAUAAUUUAUAAUUAUUUCCUUCUUCAAACACAGUAACAGUACUAUAAAUCAAAAUGUAAAAUACAUUACUAGACUAACCGUUUUAAUUUUUACCUCAGACCUCAGUAAUUGAAAUUCAGUAAUUUUAAGUUAGGCCUAGACCUAGUAGCCAGUUAUAACAAAUUCAGACAAGAACAAUUAUAAAUUAUUUUAUUUUUAUAAAUAAUUGCUGAAUCAGAAACGGUGUCAGUGAUUUUUUAAAAGAUGAAAAGGUGGUCAUUUACUAAGAUAUAUUAUAAUAAUUGUAAGUGCAAUUAUUUUAUAAAAGAAGGCGUAGGCUACUUGAUAUUACAUUGAUAAUAGGUGUAAUGUAUCCAGUGUGAGUUUCAGUAUAGGCCUUCUAAAGGCCAGUGGUCAGUGGUAGGCAUAUCAGGAGCCGCAUGCAGCUCUUUAACGACCUGAGUGCGAUUCCACCAGUCAGCUUCAAAUCGAUUUUGACUCCGAAAAACAUGGUUCUUGACAGGUUCUUGAAAAGAAAUUUUGCUCUCAGAAAAUUUUUAAUCGCCCUGCUGCUGAUUUUUUACUAACGAUUUUGCAGACAACUGCUAUAGGCUAUAGGAGUUUAGCAUGUUCUUUAAAAAAAAUUCAUGAAAGGAAUUGCUUAAAUUCCUUAUUAAAUUAUUUAUUAGACUCUAUAGUUAACUUGGCACUGUAUCACUCUAAGGCUUUGGUUGACUUGACACUCAACUAUUACCACUAUUGAUGUUGAGAGUUUUAAACUUCAUUUAAUUUAGAAAGUAGGCUUUUAUUAGCGUUAACUUAUGAUUAUAAUUAGUCCUAUACUAUAGCAUAUGCCUAUAUAGUCUAUAGUUAUAAGUUAUAAGAAUAUGCCCAGGCCCAGGCUAUAGCAAUUAAGGCAGUGUUUCUCAAUCAGAAGUUCCUGAGGAUGCUGAUGUGAGGUGGCAUUUUUGCGAUUUAGGAAAAGUGUUUUGAAAAUAAUAACAGAAUAGCCAUUGACUUUUAAUUUUAAGUUAUGAUAUUUAUGUAAAUUUUAAAAAAUGUUAAAAAUUUCUUUAUUAGGCCUAACAAUUUACUUUAUCACACUAUAUUAUCAAGUCACAAGUUCAAUUUUUAAGUCUUACAGAGCUCUUUGUAAUUCAGUCAUUUAGAAGUUAGAAGUUUUUGUUUUUUUCAUUUUUAAAUACAUUAUUAUUAAUUAUUAUUGUAGGGCAGUAGAAGGUGUGUGACUUAGGUAAACAAGAGACUUAGUCAAACAUUUCAUAGGGGGUAUAGAAAUUCAUUAAAGUUUUGGAAACCUUGAACAAAGGGGACCAUAGAAUAUGUCAUCAUAUCUUUGGCCUAAAGAGGAAGAACUUGGUCUAGUUUCCUGGAUAUGGGUUAAGUACAUUAAUUUAAACUAGAACUAGCUUUUGAUAAAUCCUUAGUCAUUAAAUAUUUUGAACUCACAAUUACCAAAUUAAUAUUUAAACAUUGCAAAAGGUUAAUUUAGCUAAUCAUAGUCACAUAUUGCCAUUAAAUUAUUUAACAUAAAUGACUUUUUAAGUUGAUUUCUAGAUAAACAUCUUGUUCUUACGUAGAGAUACCAAAGGUUGAAGAUAAGUUAAGUAAAAAUGUGAUGAUUUUAACUAUAAAUAAUGUAAACCUAAUUAGUAUUUAAUUUAACUUUAGAAUUUUGAUAAUGCACAAAUUCAUGCCCAUAUCAAAGUUCAUAAUGAUGCAUUUUUAAUGAUCUCUAAGACUAAUUGUUCUUUAUUUAAUGAAUAAAAUUGAGAGAUCCUAGAUAGCAGGCUUUUAUUUUUUUGCCAUCCCUAGUUGGCUUCUGUCUACAGAGGCAAAAGAUUAGCUCUUCCAUGAGAGCAUAAAGGUUGGGAGGGGGGGGGGGUUGUAAUUCACCAAUAGCUGGUGAGUGACCCUAGACAUAAUUUGUAGUCAGGAAACAGAACAAUUAACUCCCUGGCUGUGGUCACUUACCGAGGAAUAAGGGUAAUUCAAAGGGCUGCAUCACAGGAAUUACAUUUCACAAUUAAAAGGUGGCUGCUUCACAACCAAGAGGUAGUGGGUUAAUAUUGCUCAUGGGGUUCUGAGUUGCUAUCAGUUAUAGGAAAAUAGCUGACUGGAUUCUUUUGCCCAGUAAGGUGACAAUAGACAAAAAUUUAACACAUCUCCUCAUGAAAAGGAGACCAAGGCUCUAACUCUCAAGUGAUAUAAUUAGUUGGUAAUCUUUGGUAAAAUAUGUACAUUUAUCACUAGUUGGUUGCCCCAUUUUUACUCACAAUUGCUAAAAGUUUUUAAUUUUUACAUGCAGAGUUACUUACGAUGAUAUUGAUCUUGUCGCAAAAUACAUUCUGGAAAAGGUGAAAUGUCGUCCAAAGCUGGGUAUAAUUUGUGGGUCAGGUUUAGGCAAACUAGCCGACUCGGUGGAAAAUAAAGAAAUCAUCCCCUACUCAGAGAUUCCAGGUUUCCCAGUUAGCACAGGUUAGUAUUCUAAUCAAGAUUUUUUUAAUCCAAAAUUUAAUUUUAAAAGUUAAAUUUUUGUGAUAAAUUGAACUUAAAUUCAACCAAAACCAUUUUUUUUUUUUUUGGUGCAUUUUUUAAAAGUUAAAUUUUUAAAAAAUUAUUUGCAAAUUUAAAUUUAAAAAACAAAUAAGCAAAAAUUUAUUUAUGCCAUUAUUUUUCUUUUCUCAUCAAAUUUGACCAUUCACUGUGUUGAUUUAAAAAAAAAGUAAUUUGAAAAAGAUAUUUAACACUGUACCAUUGAAUUAUUUUGAACAGUAGUAUAGAAAGAACAUGUACAGAAAUAAAAUAUGCUUCUAAAUGUCAGCUAUUACUCAGUGCUCAUUGUUUGUAUCACUAACUGCCAUUUGUUAUCUUAUGACAGUUCCAGGACAUGAAGGGAAACUUGUGUUUGGUACCUUGGGGGGGAAGAAUGUCAUCCUCAUGCAAGGCAGGUCUCAUUGCUAUGAAGGCUAUCCAGCUCAAAAGGUGCUGUGUACAUUUCAGAUUCCGCUAUGUUUAUUUACUGAAUAUCUCAAAGCACUCAUGACGCCUUAUGUAUCCACUAGACAGCUCUGCUCAUCCGAUAGUCGCAAAAUAUCGAUACCCUGUGUUCGCCUUGAGACUUACGGAAAGCGCACUUUUGCAUUUGCCGGCCCAACAAUUUGGAACACCCUUCCAGUCGCUCUCAGAAACAGCCUGACACUUGAGUCCUUUAAAACCGAUUUAAAAACACAUCUAUUUCGCAAACACCUUCUGUGGUGAUGCUAUCUACCAUCUUUUUCAGUUAAUGUUUAUUGGCUUGUGUUGCUUAUGGUUUAAAUGGGAUGAAAGACUUUGAUUGGGUAUGUUCGUAUCUAGCUUUAUAUUGUUGCGUCUGUUUUAAAUGUGUUAAAUUUUAGAUUGUUUUUAUUUCUCUUUUUAAUAUGGUUGACUUUGUACCACGCUUCGAGCUUUUGGGGAUGAAGCAUGUUUUUCAAAUAAGCUUUAUUAUUAUUAUUAUUAUAAAGAAUUACACCUGCAUCCAACAAAGUCUCAUCCUUAAACUAAAAAUGGACCUCAGGCAAAAAUGUAUGCCUCAAAAGAUCUAUUAAAAUUACAUAAAUAUUUUAAUGUUUUUUUUUUGCAAAUACACAUUCACUACUACUACUACCAAAAUUAAAAUGAUUAAUUUUCCACGGACACUAGUUUUAAAAAAAUGAUCCAUCUCCAACCCCAUUUCUUAACUUGGACAGCUCCACUGGAAGACAUUUGGCUCUGAUUUUAAGCCUAAUUUUAGAAUUUAAAGCCUAAGCAAGUGAAACUCUAGAGCAGGGGUCAUCAGCCUCCAGCAUGCGUCCCAGACUUGGAACACCGAGUCAUUUCAAUGGCCAGCGGUAGACCAAAACAACCAUUAUAAAUAAAUAAAUAAAAACAAAGCCUAUUUAAUGGGCUUGUAAGUUUUUGGCACCGCUGAAUGAAUUAGAAAUCCUACUUACCACAAUAUUACCAAAAGGUUGCUGACUCCUGCUCUAGGGCACAACAUAACUUUCAAACCUACUAACCCUGCUCUAGGGCACAACAUACCUUUCAAACCUAUGACUCCUGCUCUAAGGCACAACAUACAUUUCAAACCUACGACUCCUGCUCUAGGGCACAACAUACCUUUCAAACCUAUGACUCCUGCUUUAGGGCACAACAUACCUUUCAAACCUACUAACCCUGCUCUAGGGCACAACAUACCUUUCAAACUUAUGACUCCUGCUCUAGGGCACAACAUACCUUUCAAACUUAUGACUCCUGCUAUAGGGCACAACAUACCUUUCAAACUUAUGACUCCUGCUCUAGGGCACAACAUACCUUUCAAACCUACUAACCCUGCUCUAGGGCACAACAUACCUUUCAAACCUACUAACCCUGCUGUAGGGAACAACAUACCUUUCAAACCUACGACUCCUGCUCUGGGGCACAACAUACCUUUCAAACCUAAGACUCCUGCUAUAGGGCACACAAUACCUUUCCAACCUACUUUGUCAUCCCACUUCUUGUUUCAUUUAUUUCAUUCCUUGCUCUGCCCAUCAUUCUAAGUCAGGGGUCUCCAAACUACGGCCUGCGAGGCCCUCUCAAGCGGCCCGCGGAGACCUUUUGUCUAUGGAAAAUAUUACGGAAAUUUACAUGUAUCCUGCCAAGAUCAGACACUGCUUACGUGGACGUUAUGUUUUAACCGAAUUAAAAUAGAGGCACGCAGUAGUGCAUUAUGUUUUCCAACCGAUCAUUACUUGGCAAAACCUUAUUCGCUGCUUAGUUUUUCUACUUGCGUUCAAUGAGAUGAUAUAACGCCAUCUAGUGGCAGAGCUUUGCCCGCCGUGUUGCAGACACGGGUGAAAACAAUGUGACUCAAAUAGCUAAAAAUGCAAGCAAGUUUCGCCAAUUUUUAAUUGCAAUGGAUGAAUCGCUGGACAGCUGUUCCAACUCUCAACUGCUUUUGUUCGUUAGAGGUGUGGAUGUAGACAUGAACAUAACACAAGAGAUGGCUUUCCUGCAUAGUAUGUAUGACACUGUUACCGGAGAGGAUAUAUUCAAUGAGUUGAAAAAAACAUUUGCUGAUUAUAACUUGGACUGGCCUAACCUCAGCUGCCUGACUGUUGACGGAGGAAAUAACAUUAGUGGCAUAAAGAAAAGCUUGGUUGGACAAGUGAAACAGAUGUGAAAUGAGAAAAAAAUUAUUGUACCAAUGUUCUUGCACUGUAUUAUUCAGCAGAAAGCUUUGUGUGCUCAAUAUGUGGACAUUAGCAGCGUACUGAAUCCUGUGGUAAAGAGGGCUACUUUAAUAAGGUCACAGUGGCUCAACCCUAGACAGUUCAGAGACCUUUUGAAAGAUACAGACACAGAAUCACAAGAUUUACCAUAUUACACAGCAAUAAGAUAGAUAAGUUUUGAGAAAGCUCUGAACAGAGCAUUUAAGUUAAUAAAGGAAGCAACAGCGGAGUUCCCCACGUCAUUUGCAUGCGAGAUCAUCAAAGACCUCCAGCUGCAAUUUCAGCAUCGGUUUUCUGACUUGGAUUUAAAGGCAGAAGAAGUGAGACUUUUUCAAAACCCAUUUGAAGCAGAUGUGGCCAGUCGCCCAGAUGAACUGCAGCUGGAGGUCAUUGAGUUGCAAGCAAAUGACCUCCUUAGGGACAAGUUCAAAGAAGGACUGGUGGGUUUUUAACUAGUUUUCGCCCAAGGAAGACUUUCCUAAUUUCAAAACUUUUGCAUCAAUGUACCUUUCAAUCUUUGGAACAACAUACAUGUGUGAACAAAUGUUUUCAAGAAUGAAAUAAGUGAAGAAAAAUUUGAAAACCAAUUUGUCAGAUGAUAAUCUCAGGUCACUGUUGAUGUUAGGGACAUCAAAUCUAAAUCCAGAAAUGUCUGCUAAUCACUGCUAUUUUGGCAUCCAGGAAACAAUUUCAUCAUUCCCACUAAUACAGGUGUUCAUGUGUCGUGUAUCAAUGUGUUAUUAAACAAUAACUGAAUGAAAUAAUAAUAAAUAAAUAAUUAAAAACAACAUCCAUGUUAUGAUUCUUUUUUAUUUGGACCUCGAGUGUGUAGUCGGCCUCCGAACUGCUGUUUGAUAGUUAAUGCGGCCCUCGGGCUGAAAAGUUUGGAGACCACUGUUCUAAGUAAUGGCUUGCACUGCUCAUAAAUUCUAAAUAAUGGUUGCACUGAUCAUACAUCUAAGUAAUGGCUUGCACUGAUCAUACAUUCUAAGUAAUGGCUUGCACUGAUCAUACAAUCUAAGUAAUGGCUUGCAUUGAUCAUACAUCUAAGUAAUGGCUUGCACUGAUCAUACAUCUAAGUAAUGGCUUGCACUGAUCAUACAUCUAAGUAAUGGCUUACACUGAUCAUAUAUUCUAAGUAAUGGCUUGCACUGAUCAUACAUCUAAGUAAUGGCUUGCACUGAUCAUACAAUCUAAGUAAUGGCUUGCACUGCUCAUAAAUUCUAAGUAAUGGCUUGCACUGAUCAUACAUUCUAAGUAAUGGCUUGCACUGAUCAACAUUCUAAGUAAUGGCUUGCACUGAUCAUACAUUCUAAGUAAUGGCUUGCACUGAUUGUACAUUCUAAUGGCUUGCACUGAUCAUACAUUCUAAGUAAUGGCUUGAAAAUCAUAACUUCGUUUUCAGUUUCAGUAAACUUUUAUUAAUAUUUAGCUGCAUAUAUUUACUUUUUUUUCUUCUUUGACUUAGACAACACUGCCUGUACGUGUGAUGCAUUUAAUGGGAGUCAAAACUCUCUUUGUCACCAAUGCUGCUGGAGGAAUUAACCGAAACUAUAACAUUGGGGACAUAAUGAUCAUCAAAGACCAUGUCAACUUGGCUGGAUUUGCUGGGGUCAACCCUCUUGUAGGACCCAAUGAUACCAGGUAGCCUUUUUGUGCUGGCUUUGAUGCCUGCAAAAAUAGAGAAACUAGAUUUUUGUUGCUCAAUUUUUUAGUUAAACUUUAAAAAAAAAUUUAUUUGGAAAUUAUAUCAUUUUUAGGUUUGGUCCUCGUUUUCCACCCAUGUCCCGUGCAUACGAUCUUAAUAUUCGGCAGCUGGCGUUGAGACUGGCAAAGGGUAUGGGAUUUGGAGACUUUAUACGUGAGGGUGUAUAUUCCAUGAUGGUUGGACCAAAUUUUGAAACUGUGACUGAAUGUAGACUCUUACAAAUUGUUGGAGUUGAUGCAACUGGUAGGUUUUAUCUUCUAAGUUCAAGCUUUUGGAAUCCACACAAUUUGUAACCACCAUGUUCUUAUGUCUACAUCACUGAAAUACACUUCCAAUUUCUAUUUAGGUGUUGCAUGCAUUGACACAUACAAAAAUCAUAAUUGCUAAUUCCUAUCACAUAUUUGUCUUGUCUUGCACAAAGAUAAGUCUAAUCAUUUGUAAGUUGAACCAAUUAUUGGCACAUUGAUUAUUUUACUGCUGCACAUUUGACUAUUGAUUUCCUGUUCACAAGAAUGGAAGCGGAAAAAAUGUGAUUUCAAAUAAAACAAAUUUUUUUUUAACUUGGGUGAAUCAAUGAUGUUCUUUGUGUCUUGAAACACGGGUCGGGAGGAAAGGUCUUUAUUAUGUCUUGAAACAUGGGUCAGGAGGAAAGGUCUUUAUUAUGUCUUGAAACUCAGGUCAGGAGGACAGGUCUUUAUUAUGUCUUGAAACAUGGGUCAGGAUAGGUCUUUACUAUUUCUUGAAACAUGAAACAUGGGUCAGGAGGACAGGUCUUUAUUAUGUCUUGAAACUUGGGUCAGGAGGACAGGUCUUUAUUAUGUCUUGAAACUUGGGUCAGGAGGACAGGUCUUUAUUAUGUCUUGAAACAUGCGUCAGAAGGAUAAGUCUUUACUAUUUCUUGAAACAUGAAACAUGGGUCAGGAGGACAGGUCUUUAUUAUGUCUUGAAACAUGGGUCAAAAGGAUAGGUCUUUACUAUUUCAUGAAACAUGGGUCAGAAGGAUAGGUCUUUACUAUUUCAUGAAACAUGGGUCAGAAGGAUAGGUCUUUACUAUUUCUUGAAACAUGAAACAUGGGUCAGAAGGAUAGGUCUUUACUAUUUCAUGAAACAUGGGUCAGAAGGAUAGGUCUUUACUAUUUCUUGAAACAUGAAACAUGGGUCAGAAGGAUAGGUCUUUACUAUUUCUUGAAACAUGAAACAUGAGUCAGAAGGACAGGUCUUUAUUAUGUCUUAAAAUUGGACUUGGAUGGUGGAUAAAGUAGUCAUAUAAAUAUAUGAUAAACAUUACUGGCACAUGCUGAAAGAUUUACAAUCAUUCAAGUAUGUAAUAAAUGUAUUUCAUGUAUCUUUAGUGAUGAAAUGCAAAUUGCACUCGUAAAAAAAUAAAUGAUUUAUUUCUUUGUUGUGUGAUCCCAGGCAUGAGCACAGUCCCUGAGGUGUUGGUCGCCAAACAUUGUGGAAUGACCGUUUUUGGAAUGUCACUAAUUACAAAUAUGGUGAUCAUGGAAUAUGAUGUGGAGAACACUGCCAAUCAUGAAGAAGUACUGGAGACGGGUGAAAGACGUAGCAAAGAUUUGCAGAAACUGGUGACUGCCAUUGUGCAAGAACUAGAGCUAAAUUGACAAGUUUUAGUUGAAUCUAUGCACUUCCAGCUCAGAAUGGAGUUUCACUCCUGGAGACUGUGUCUUGAUACCUUAAUUAAAUGUAGUGGUUAAACUACGGAAUCUACAAUUUUUAAACUGUACAUUUCAUGAACUAAUUCAAACCAUCUAAAGAUAUUAUUAUUAAGUAUUUGGAUUUAUUUGGAAAGAAUUUAUUCUUGCCUUGAUUAAUUAUUUGGUGUUUUUAUUUUAUUGUUACAAAAAAUCCAGUAUUUGAAUUUUAUUUGCAUAAAGUUGUUUUAUAGACAGAAGAAAAUCACUUAUACUUUACAAAAUGUUUGUUUCUCAAAUCAAAGUUAGUUUAUAUUUUGUAAUAAUGUUUCAUUUCCAUGGAGUGAAGCAAACAUAAUUUGUUUUUUUAAAAUAUUUCCCAAUAACUCUUCUUUUCAAAUGUUAGAAAAGUGGUGCUCCAUCAACCUGAAUAUUAUACCAUUUCUAUAUAUUGCUAUGUGCUUGCAAUUUAACAAAUGAGAGGAAAUGUCUUAGAGUUUUGUUUUAUUUCUUAUAAUCAAGUAUGUUUCAAUCGUAUUUCUUGAAGGAAGAACACUUGUUGAAUCAUUUACAAAAUCUUAGCAUUUAUGCUGAUGAACCUGAAUUUUUGUUUCAGAGACGUUAUGCAUCAAAUGUUUGUUCUUUCUUUCAUUUCAAUUUACUGUCAUAUUUUUUAAAUAUUUUUAUUGUAGAGCUUGUAUUUCAACUUAACGUUUAAUAUUUUUCAUUAUAGGAAUUUUCUCCGUAUAAGAAUAAGAUGGCUUUGUUGUAUUCCUACAUUAAGGAUCAUUUUGUUUUAUGCCAAAAUGUGUUUCUCUUCCAUAUACAAUAAGAACAAUAUUUACUCAUUUAAAAAAACUAUAACUAUAAUGGUUAUGAUUUAAGAAAACAAUAAAUCUAUGCAGACUUUCACUAAGGAUUAGUGUUUUUUUUAAUACUAUUGUUGUAUUCAAUUUAUUCAUUGCAAUUCAUUAUAAAUAUUAUUUUUUAAGGUGGUCCUGUGUCUCAGUUGAGCAGGCGGGUUUGAAUUUUGUGCAAGGUGUCCCUGGCAUUGCUGUGUGGGGUGUCCCUGGCAUUGCUGUGUGGGGUGUCCCUGGCAUUGUUGUGGGGGUGUCCCUGGCAUUGUUGUGGGGGUGUCCCUGGCAUUGUUGUGGGGGUGUCC